AUGCAAGACUGCGUCACGGAUUGGCAGAGCCCUGUGAUUCCGCCCACUAUCCGCCGACCAUGGCGUGUCUUCGAGGAGGACCUGGAGGAGAAGGUGACGAGCAAUGCAAGUCAAGUUGGCCAGGUGGAUGCCAAAGUUCGUGAGCAGAUCGCUGCAGUUCAGGCUAAAGGAGCUCGCGUUGCUUUCCUUUCCUUGUCGGAGUCUGAACGUCAGACAUACUACCAGGUGGCGUUGCAUGAGCUCUCCGCGUUCGUCUUUUGGCGGCGGUCGCAGUUGGCCCGUCAGAAAUCCGGCGAGAUCCUGCCAACAGACAUGGAGGCAGGUUGGGAUCUGCUCGACAUGAAUGACAAGGGCGAGUGGCUUCCACAGGACCCCAUCGCAUUCCUCCGUGCCGAUGCACAAUGGGCCACGCUCCUUGCUGACGUGCAUGGCGGAGAUGAGCAGAUGGUAGGCACGGAAGAUCUCCAAGCGGUACCGACACCAAUGAAGAGCGAGAUUCUGGCCACCACCAAGGCACCCGUGAAGAAGGAGCCGAGUGCCCCGGCUGCUGCAGCUCCGGUACCGCAGCCGCCUGUGAAGAAGGAGCCGAGUGCUCCGGCGAGCAAGCCGGCCUGUGCACCGGACGCAGGUGUGACCAAGCCUCCCGCGGCGACUGGUCAAAAGGAGGCGUCUGUGGCUGCCCCGGCGGCCGCGAAGGCAUCAGCAGGGGCAGCCUGA